GUGGAUUAAAACACCUGUCUGUGGGUUCACUCUUUCCUCAGGAAAGGAUUUUUAUGGCAAAUUACUGUAAAUAGUUGUUUACGGAAGUGAAAAGGAAACUGAAAAGAAAGUUUUACUACUGAUGAGCACGGAGAACAAGUGUUGAACAGUGAUUGGAAACCUAAAAUGAGAUGCAUAUCUGGAAAGGACCAGGGCAAGACAGCAAAUGUCCAAGUAUUUAUUUUCUCUCUCAAAGGACAAAGGUAUCUUCAUUCUCAAAGUGAGGUAAAUCAUUGGGCGCAGUGUGUCAGGUGAAACAUGGCUGGAAAUAGUUUUUUACUACAUCUUCUGCUCACUGCCAUUGUGGGACGGGCUGCUAAAGCACAGGACGAGACUUCAAUUGAUAUGGACAUCCAAACAGCCAAUCAGACUAUAGAUCCUUUGUUGAUUUCUGUGACAUCAGAUGGGCCUCCAACUUUGACCCCACCUGCAGAGGUGGAGGAGGAUACUGUGCCGUCCACUGGCACCCGCUGCCAGGGUUACUAUGAUGUCAUGGGUCAGUGGGACCCUCCCUUUAAUUGUAAUGCAGGUAUCUUCUUGUACUGUUGCGGCACCUGUUUCUACCGGUUCUGCUGUCAGUUCCGUCAGCAGCGACUGGAUCAGACCUCCUGCUCCAACUAUGAUACUCCAAUUUGGGCCAACACUGGAAAACCUGUGGCCACCAACACUGAGGUGCAGCCAGACCAUGAGCGGGAUCGGACUCACAUGAUUGUGUACAUCAUAUGUGGUGUGGUGGCCAUCAUGGUCCUGGUGGGAAUCUUCACCAAACUGGGGCUGGAGAAGAGCCGUGGAGGCCAGAACGACCUCAGUAACUCCAGGACUCUGCAGGAGUUGCUGAAGCAGCCAGGUGGGGAGUUGAGUCCUGUGGAUGGACCUCUGAGCAGCACAACAUCUGUCGGAGCAAAUGGUAUCUCUGCCAGGAUGCUUCGCAGUCGCAGUGAGCAGUACCAUCUAAACAAUGCUGGCUUCUCUUUUGGUACACCAGCCGGACUCUCUCAUCCUCAAAGCAACCUCAGUAUACCAGGCCUGGCGCUGAAUAAGUACAACUCUCUGAAAGCAGUUGCCGAUACUGCAAGCAGGGGCUACUACAAAAGUUAUCCACUAAUGGAUUUCUCUCAGCAUUAUUCCCCUCCUGCACCUUUCCAACCGAUACAGAUGCACCCAAAAGACAAGUCCUAUCUCCACCAGGUCCUCCCUUCCCAUGACAUCCAUUCCCCCCUUUCGAUCUCAAUCCCAACCAACCAGCUGGAGAGGACCCGCAUCCCAAAAACCAUCACCCACCCUCAGCUUUCCAGCUCAGCCUUCAAAGCUUGGGAUUCUGGACAAAGACAUGUCCACCGGCAGACCUCGCAUCCAGGGCACUCCGCUCACCGUCAGACCAACAGCAGCAGGAGACAGUACAGCAUAGAAACACUACCGGAGUUCCUCUCCCAGCCCACAGGCUAUGGGGGACAACCACUCUAUCAGCCAAAUCCCAAACUUAAGGCCUACCAGACCAACAGCAAGACGGAGGUCACUGUCUGAAGAAACAGGAUAGAAAGAAACAGCAAUGCUGACAGUUAACAGACUGUGUGCACAAAGACAAAUAUGAGGACUAUGUAGUCAUCCCUACUUUCAGUGCUAAACCCCUCUUGUCUAAAUUUAUAUAGUUUCUUAUGUGUCCCACUUUUCUGAGUUCAUCUCUGGCCUCUGUGCCACUGACAACGAGGUGAGUGUUCACAUAGGAACACAGGAAUGGCGCCCGAGGCCACAUUAACUCAACGAGGACAAUGCCAUCAUCACGUCAGCCUAAAUCUAAGUCAUUAAGGGACAUUAUCCUGGCCAUCUUUAUGUAAACACAACCUCAGGAUCAAUUAUAUGAAAAAAGAAGAGGCACAGAGCAACACCCAGACGCCUGGUGUCACACCAGGAUUUAGUUAUAAGCUUUGCUGAGUGUGUUGAGGAUUUUGUGCUCAUGAAGAAUGUUUUUUGGAGUUUGAGCAAAUUUCACGAUCUUCCUCUCCGGCUUAGCAGUCUCAUUGUGAGAAAGUCACUCAUUAAAUCACUCAUUUGUUUUAGGGGAAUGAGUUUGAGAAAAACCAUAAGGCACACCAAUCCGGUACCUGUGGCUUCCAAUCACCUUUGUAUGAAAGAAUCAAGUUGUGCUGUGAGUAAAAAUGACACAAACUUGACAACAAAUCUGAUAAAGCACCAUGAAACAUGUUUAUAUUGAAAAAGACCUCAAAGCUGAAAACUGUCUAGAUGCAUUUUCCUUCUUUUCUAUUUAUCUAUAUGUUUAGAUCUAUUUUUGGCAUGUUUGCUUUUCUUGGGACAGGACUUAACAGGUAGCAAAGUGGGAGUGAACGAAGGUUGGGAUUGAGAAAGGACCACAAGACAGGACUCAAACUCUGGUCACCCAACUGGAAUUGCACUACAUGUCGGAACGCUGUCCUGGAUGAAUUUUCUGUGGAAACAUAAGGGAGAAAGUCUUGUUUUUAUGAGUCUUUGUUAGUUUUUACAUUCAAAUCACUCCAAUCAUGGAGUGAAGACAUCAUCAAACAUCUAACUUCCUCU